AUGGCUCAAGUUUAUAAGAAUUCUGGUUCUAACACUUUGUUUUUAGGUGGUGAAAAAAUUAGCGGCGAUGAUAUUCGUAAUCAAAAUGUUUUAGCUGCCAUGGCUGUAGCUAACGUUGUUAAGUCCUCCUUAGGUCCUGUCGGAUUGGAUAAGAUGUUGGUUGAUGAUAUUGGUGACUUCACUGUGACUAAUGAUGGUGCCACUAUUUUAUCUUUAUUAGAUGUUCAGCAUCCUGCCGGUAAAAUCCUAGUGGAACUAGCACAACAACAAGAUCGUGAAAUUGGGGAUGGUACCACUAGUGUAGUUAUUAUUGCUUCUGAAUUAUUGAAAAGAGCUAACGAAUUAGUGAAAAAUAAAAUUCAUCCAACAACCAUUAUCACUGGUUAUAGAGUUGCAUUAAGAGAAGCUAUUCGUUUUAUUAAUGAAGUUUUAUCUUUAGAUGUGGAAUUAUUGGGUAAGGAAACUUUGAUUAAUAUUGCUAAAACAAGUAUGUCUUCCAAAAUUAUUGGUACAGAUUCUGAUUUUUUCAGUAAUAUGGUAGUUGAUUCUUUAUUGGCAGUUAAGACUACAAAUUCCAAAGGUGAAAUAAAAUAUCCGGUUAAAGCUGUUAAUAUAUUAAAGGCACAUGGGAAGUCUGCUAGGGAAUCUAUUCUGGUACAAGGUUAUGCCUUGAAUUGCACAGUUGCAUCCCAAGCAAUGCCAAAGCAAAUUAAAGGUGAUGAUGUGAAGAUUGCUUGUUUAGAUAUAAAUUUACAAAAAGCACGUAUGGCUAUGGGUGUUCAAAUUAAUAUCGAUGAUCCAGAACAGUUAGAACAGAUCCGCAAAAAAGAAUCUGAAAUUGUUCUUGAUAGAGUCAGAAAGAUUAUUAACUCUGGUGCACAAGUUGUUUUAACAACAAAGGGUAUCGAUGAUUUAUGUUUGAAGGAAUUUGUUGAAGCUAAAAUCAUGGCAGUUAGACGUUGUAAAAAAGAAGAUUUAAGAAGAAUUGCUCGUGCCACUGGUGCCACCUUAGUUGGUUCUAUGUCUAAUUUGGAAGGUGAUGAAACCUUUGAGUCAAGUUAUCUAGGUACUUGUCAAGAAGUAGUUCAAAGUAAGUUCUCUGAUGAUGAGUGUAUUUUGAUUAAGGGUACGUCAAGGCAUUCAUCUUCUUCAAUAAUUUUACGUGGUCCAAAUGAUUAUUCAUUGGACGAAAUGGAAAGAUCUAUGCAUGAUUCUUUAUGUGUGGUGAAAAGAACAUUAGAAAGUGGGAAUAUUGUCCCUGGUGGUGGUUGUGUUGAAACUGCAUUAAAUAUAUAUUUGGAUAAUUUUGCUACCACAGUUGGAUCUCGUGAACAAUUAGCUAUUGCUGAGUUUGCAUCGGCUUUAUUGGUAAUUCCAAAGACUUUAGCGGUCAAUGCAGCAAAAGAUUCUAGUGAAUUAAUUGCUAAGUUAAGAUCAUACCAUUCGGCUGCUCAAUCAGCCAAACUUGAUGACACAAAGAGAAGAGCUUAUAAGAAUUAUGGGUUAGAUUUAAUUAAGGGUAAGAUUGUGGACGAAGUAAAUGCUGGUGUUUUAGAACCUACUGUAUCUAAAGUCAAGUCAUUGAAAUCAGCUUUAGAAGCCUGUAUUGCUAUAUUAAGAAUUGAUACUAUGAUUACUGUUGAUCCUGAACCACCAAAAGAAGAUCCACAUGAUCACUAA